GACCCUUCAGAACAACAUGGCGGGCAGUGGUACGAAGUCGGUUUUGUUCGUUUGUCUUGGGAAUAUUUGCAGAUCCCCCAUCGCUGAAGCAGUCUUCAGGAAGAUGGCAACAGAUGCUGGCGCUGUUGAUAAGUGGAGGAUAGACAGUGCUGCCACCUCCACCUAUGAGAUAGGAAACCCUCCAGACCACCGUGGCCAAGCUUGCAUGAAGAGGCAUAGCGUGCCCAUGAGGCAUGUGGCCAGGCAGGUGACCAAGGAAGAUUUCAUGAGCUUUGAGUACAUUCUCUGCAUGGACGAGAGCAACUUGAGUGACUUGAAAAGGAAAGCAAACUCUGUUAACAACUACCGAGCAAAGAUUGAGCUUCUUGGUUCAUAUGACCCUCAGAAGCAGUUGAUCAUCAAAGACCCAUAUUAUGGAAGUGAUGAAGACUUUGAAAAGGUGUACGAACAGUGUGUCCGCUGCUGCAAAGCCUUUCUGGAAGCAAACUGCUAACAGCGUCCGACCUGAAACAGUCGUUCCUGAGUCUGUCGGGUAAACACGAAUACUCAUCCAAAUAUGUUUUGGCCAUGUCACACAGGCACUCAUUAUAAUUCUGUUGUGGAUGUCGCUGAAAGCACUUUUUUCAGUGUUGGAAAUGUUAUAAAAACCACACAUUGUGUAUGUUCAGAACAACGCUAUGUGGGCGAGUGUGUAGACUGUAAAUUCAAGAGAAUAAUAAAAUGAAUAAACAAAUUCUGUUCAUCUUUA